AUGGUCGGUGGAGUGAAUCCAGCAAACCUAUCCAAAACGCGUUACACCCGAGGCACGACAGCCGAGAAUCCGAUUGUUGUCGAGGAUGAGCCCACAGCGCAACAACCCUCAAUUGGGAAGCGUCCUAUCCGCCCAGGCCCGUCGGAUCCUUCUGAUUUACCGCGGCCCACGAGCGAGCAGAUUCUCGGAACGCUUCUUCAGCAGAAGAACAUCCUCCCUGUUGUUAUCUCGCUCCUUCGUCUUCUCGUUCCCCGCGCACCCUCUCUGGCCUCAGCUCCACCAAGCCAUCCCUUCUACACGUACUCUCACGCGCCUGCCACCGCCUCUCGUCCCCCACGUUCACAGCUACCUAGCUUUGGCGCACAGACUUCUGCCCAGACGCGAAGCCGAAGCCCGGAACAAACAAGUAGCCACCAUUCUCAUGGCUUUACCGCGCCUCCCCCGAAACGCCGCAAGCUGAACUCUGUACCCGCCGGCGCCGGCGACUGGGACGUUCCGUACCCCUUCCAGGAAGGCCAGGGUCCUGAGAACUACCGGUCUACUUGGGAACGGGAACGAGGGAAGCAGCUCCUCGCCGAUCUUGUACAGCUCGUUCGGGGGGCAGCGCAGAAGGCGGCGACGAAGGCAUGGUAUGAACAACAGCGUACAUUGCAGUCGGGAUACCGA